AUGCUGGGGCUGAGUGCCGUCGUCGCCAUCGCCGCUUCUGGCGCGGCCAUCUUCGUCGUCGUUUCGGUGGUCAGUAUAGUGGUCUGGGUCAGGUAUCGCAAAGAGCGUCAUGCAUUGGCGCUGCUUGGCUUUAAACGGGGAGAAUAUGCAAAGGGAUUGCAAUCAUUUCCGGUGGACACUUUGACGGAGUUGAGCCAGGCAGAAGGAAGUGUGCUGAGGACGCAUGGUCAGCUUCCAUAUGGCAGACCAGGUGAAUGGGGACAACUGACCUCGCGAGAGAGUUUGCUUCGUCCGAAGAACAGCUCUGAAUCGUUGUUCCCUCUCACGGAGAAAGCUCGUUCCCUCCGCCAUUCCCUUUCUCGUUCUCGAUCGAAACGUCUGUCAAAGUCGUCGCACAAACGUAUGAGCUCUUUGGCUACAUUGGAUGAAUCGAGUCUUCCCAGUCCUCCUCCAAACGCAUCAAUUUCGAAAGAAGACUUUCCUUUAUCGGCUGUGGAAGGGGUUCUUGAGCUUCCAGCAGAGAGAACCCCCAAGCAAACACCGGAUCCAAACGAAGACGAUACUGGAUUCCAUCUCGGGAUGCGGCCAGUCUCUCCUGGAUGGCCGUUCCCGUGGCCAAAAGAGCGAUCGGGUCUCUUCCCUGUGAUUGAAGGUCAUGAUUCUCCCCACGGCUAUGAUCCACUCCCCAUGAUCUUCGAUGAAUCUCCUCAACGCCUGCGUGGAGGAAGUAUAACCAGCCAAACCGCGGGCAUGGUGCCACAUCACUCCAUUCCUCCUCCGCCACCAACAGCAUAUCCGCCAGACCGAUUCAGUUACGCUCGCAACGAUUCAGUCUCGCGAAUGUCUAAUAUGAGUCUGGACACUACCAACAGCUCAAUUUUGGAUGACGGCAGAAAUGGACCUAGAUCGACCGACACUGAUUUGACUUCACCCAUUUUCCCAUCAGGUGGCACAUUUGUCCCCUUCAGUGCAGCUGAUGUGGGGGUUAAAGAUGGUCGUAGAAGUUUUAUCGCGACAAAUACCUCUAUCCCACCCAUGCAUAACUUCCCUGUGCGUUCUUCUUCAACCACUGAGACUCGCCAUAAGUCUGCGUCCACGUCACCCCGGCGCAGUAUGACAACCAUUCGGUAUUCAGAUGCCUCUGGUAGUCGAUUCAGUGGACCUCCUCGUCGGACUGACUCACUCUCGUCGUCUAACCCUCCCUCGAGACAUGCAUCUCUACGAUCUGGCACCCCAGUUGGCAAUUCAGGCUACCAUAACUCUUCAAACAGCUGGCGAUUUUCUGGCUCCCAGAUGGCUUUCGUGCCACACUUCAGCCAAUUCCAGAAAACCCCUAUCUACGACCAAGAUCAAAUGGAGAAUGAUCCCUUCUAUGUUGGCUCGCUUGAUGGUGGGACUUUGUUCCACCCUGUUGGGUCACCAACUAAUUCAGCUAAAAACCACCCGCCACCAAGCCCGAUGCAACGUUCAAGCCUCUCCCUCAAGUCUCCUCUUCCCUCGGCACUGAAGGGAGGAAACUCACAACGGAAGGGUCACCGUCGCCAAAACUGUGUUCGAAUUUCUAUUCACCCGCCUCUGACAUUUGGGUCAUCGACAUUCGCUCCCACUGUGGAAGAAGAGCCUGAGGAUUUUGACAGGCUGGAGGAGCUGGAUCUCCGCGAAAGUACCAUUAAUAGCCCGACUAAGCCCUUGCCCUCGUUGCCCCCAUCUUCUAUGUCGUCGCCUAGUGGUUCACGACGUAGUAAGUACGGCAGCAGACGAGGCAAGCCAGCGCUUGGUUCCCUUGGGCCUCUAGCUGAGGAACCACAACUUACAAGCAUCAACCCCAAUGUCGGCAAUAACCCCGAUAGUAAAAGGAAACACGGCCCAUUCUUGUCCACUGGAGACAAGCACCUGGGUCAAAAUGACCGCGCUCUCCCCGAGCUAUUCACCUCCAUCUCUCCCUCCGAUGGCAUCUGCCUAUCUCACACCCCCUCCCCUGAACGAGUACCUCCAAUUUGGGAAGUUCCCGAAGUCUCUUCCCCAUCACAUGAAAACUCCUCACCGGGCACUGGCAGCCCUCGUCGCUCCGCAGUCAAGGGUCCACGCCACCAACCCCAGGCUCGAGUCACAGCAGCCCGCAGCCAAUCUACACGGGUCUCAUCACGGUCUUCCGAUCACAUGGCAUCAAGUCCCCUCGACUCACCCAGCCGUCUACCCCUCGUCAUGAGUAUCACCGGUACAGAGGGCAGCGACUGGCGUCGGUCAACAGAUUCGCUGCAUCGCACAAGAACCGACGCAGCAGAUCGCACAUACCGCCGAAACCGUGACUCAAUAGGCAGCAUGGAAGGCGGACUAGGUCCCAUUGGCUGUUCCUCGCCAAUUUACGGCACUCGCCGGCCAACUCUUGUCAAGGACCGUGUUCAUAUCUUCGAGGAUGUCAACCGUACCGAGUCGCCUUACAAAUCACCAUUCAAAUCGACUGAUGCUCAGCCCAUUGGGACUCUGACCACGCCUGAAUCCUCUCCAACUCGGAACAAGAACAGCAUUCCCCGUUCGAUGCCCAACUAUCAACAAUAUCACCCGUCUGGUGCUCCUGAUCAACGUGUUCCUCCUACCCCUACUUCUGCUCGACGGGAUAUGGCUACCCCCACGGGCAAGGGUCUGGGUCUUGGAAUUGGAACUGCUACCCCUGGUAGUCUGUAUGACGGUGAUGGGUUCUUGCGUGAAUAA